UGCAUGUCAUUACAAUAACCGGCAAUUUUACUCUCCUGUGCGCUGUGGUUUACAUCCGGGUCGCUGACGUCGCUGUCCUAUUGGUUGUGUAACGGAAUGGACAACAUGUUACAAUUCAUGAAACUAGUCGGACAGCUAAAACGCGUACCACGAACAGGAUGGGUGUACAGAAAGAUCAAACAGCCUGAGAGUGUGUCUGAUCAUAUGUACAGAAUGUCUAUGAUGGCCUUAACCAUACAGGACAUCACUGUCAAUAAAGAAAGAUGCAUGAAGCUGGCUUUAGUUCAUGACUUGGCUGAGUGUAUUGUGGGAGAUAUUGCUCCAGCAGACAAUGUUAGCAAAGCAGAGAAACACAGAAGGGAAAGGGAAGCAAUGGUGCACAUCACAGGCCUGUUAGAUGAUGGCUUACGGAAAGAGAUUUACAGCUUGUGGGAGGAGUAUGAGACUCAGUCUAGUCCAGAAGCCAAACUGGUGAAGGAGAUGGACCAGUUGGAGAUGAUAAUACAAGCUCAUGAGUAUGAGGAGUUAGAGGGGAAACCUGGAAGACUGCAGGAGUUCUUCACCUCCACUGAAGGCAGGUUCCAUCAUCCAGAGGUGUUGGGUCUGGUGAAGAGUCUGAAUGAGGAGAGAGCUAGACACAUCGCUGCCAGAGGAGAUAACGAUACAGAGAAAACCACUGACACAAUCUCUCACACACUAGUGACACCAUGAUCUCAGUUCAAAUCAGGCAAUGAAGCUACCUCCACACAUCUGUACACAAGAGUGUUCAUUUUGUCCAGAUUAGCUGUGUUUUAUUAUAAUCGUAUUUAACUGCACAGAAGCAUGGUUUGUGGUUUUUUGAUGUUUGUGUCCUGUUUGUUUGAAUGUUCUGCAGUUUUGAUAAAAAUAGAUAAAUCUUUUUUAUUCAAACUAAAUGGAAAUACUUUCAGAAAUUGUUUUUCUGUUAUUUGUAUUUUGAUCGUUUUACUGCAUUCCAGUAAUAGAUGCUUUAAUAGAAAAUAAUAUUUUCUAUCACUUGAAACUGAUAUUACUUUGUUAAACGCAUGAAAGUGCAAUGGAAAUAAUUCUAUAAUUAUAACAACUUUCAAAAUAUGUUUGUGUGACUUACAACAGUGACUGACACUAAGAAAGUGGAAAGCAAAGCAGAAGCUACAAAAAGGAUUCUCUAUAAGCAACUCAAAGGUCAAAACUGAGCAGCAUCUAUCUUGUGAACAUUUUUGCAGAGACUUUGCCGCACUUUACUGUUUUAGUGACUAAGAAACAGUACAAUUAAUGUUCAUUUUAUGGUUUCUGAUUACGAUUCAGUUCACCUUAUUUUCAUGACUGAUGAGCUGGGACUUUGUGACUUUGCAAAAAACGUUUAAUGACUAACUUUAAUAAUGAACGGCAGCUCAACACUGAGUAUGAAUUUGAAGAAAGAUUUCGGCAAUAAAUCCUGUUCCUUAAAACAACAAUUGACUUCAAUGUCAAUGUUAAAUAUGUAAAGCUGCAACAAAUUUCACACAAAUGUAUGAAGUUAAGAAGAAAACAGGAUAUAAUAAUGCUAUACAUUUUUGGUCAGUGACAAUUCUGGUUACCAAUACAUUACAAUUUAAAUCAGGCAUAUUAGAUAAGGUAAUAAAUUACAGUAAAAUGUAAAUCCUCGUUCUUUAAUUUGCUGUUUGCAUCUGUUAUCAGCAAAUAUGUGCUGUAGUUAUGAGCAUACAGCAAGAAUAGAAGCAUUAGCACAUUUAGGAAAACAGCCUAACAUCCAUUUAGUUAAACAUUCUUUCAAGUACUUCUCUUAGGAUUGUAUAUGCAGCCAUUAUUUUUGGUCCUGGAAAUGUAUCAUGCUUUGUUACAGUUAAACAAUGUUGAGUUAGUAUAAAUAAUAAAGUAAUGCAGGACUACACCAAAGACAGACUCCUUGAAAAAUAUACAUAUUUUGAAAAGAACUUAAAGAAUAAACAUUCUCCACUUGGUUGUUUUC